AAAAAAUAAAAAGUCUAUAGUGAGAAUUUCGCUAAUUGUCAAAAGAAAAUUUAAGUGUUUCGAGUGAGUGAUUUUUCUAAAAUUUCGUAUUUUCACGUGAUUUUACGGUUUUUUAAAUAUAGUGUAAAUUUGAUGUGACUAUUUUUAAAAUGUUUGUCUUGAGACUCGUGUUAUAAUUACGUAGCAUACAGUGUGUGUGUUAUUGAUGUGUUUACGAUUCGUAAUAUUAUGUUCGCUAAAAAUAGUUUACGAUCAAAGAAAAUCAACAUGGCGUGUGUUCGGUGAUGGGUGCCUAAAAACUAACUGCGAUAUUACUUAAAUUAUAAUAUAAACGAAAUAUAUUAUAAUGUGACUUUGUGUGAUAACUUUUUUAUAUAUUAUAUUAGUGUCUUAAGGAAUUCACCGCCUAAAAGUACUUAAUCUAAUUUUGGCUAAAGUAAUAAUUGCACAUGCUGUCCAAUGGAUACUGAAACAAAAACACUCGCAAAUGUUGAAGUUAAGAGGAACGGCUGUAAAAAUGAGAAGAAGAAAAAAAUGGAUACAAAAGACACUGAUAUGACAUUAGAUGAAGUGUGCAGACAAAUGAGUAAGUUAGCAGCCGACGACGGGGCUGCGGAAUCUGCUAGUUCGACUGACAGCGAGGACUUGGUCAAUGCUAUAAACUAUAACACCAUCACAUCGCUAGCCGCCCUCAAAGAUAUACUACAGGGAGACAACACAGAUACACCAGAGACUGAUAGUUUCUUCCAACAUUAUUUUAUGAAUCAUUGUAAUAAUCUUUCAAGUCGUAAUUCUACACCAAAUUCGCCAUUUCCUUUCUCGGAACGUCGCCGUCUUUCACAAUGUCGCGAAGAAGACGAGGACGACGAGAAGAAAGAAAGUGACCCGCCUCCCUCGACUGUAUCCUCCGAGGCGGGUUCCAUACAUGCAUCUCAGGUGAACUUGGGUGCUAUUGCCAAAGAUCGUAGUUCUAACGAUGGCAGCGAAGGCCAUACAAACAUCGUUGGAAAUGAAUUGUCGUUACGUGAUCCUCACAAAGUUGAAGUGGAAAAAGAUCCUCCAAAGCGUACGGUGAUGGGAGCUAAACAUAAGUUUCUUGUGACGACGACAGAGCCUCCGCUGCAACCGGUUGAGCGAGCCCUGCGUUCUCAUGUUAACAAUGCACACACUGUCCACUUCGGGACCAAGGGCGCCGAAGAGCUGCGCCCGAGCGUGCGAUCUAUAUUCGCUGGGCAGAAUCUCCACCGCGAUAAAAAUUAUUUUGAUAGUAGUCUGAUAGAAAUAAGGUCUACUGUGGACGGGUUGCAAACGAGUGGUGAAGAUAUAUGGGUUAAACGUACGGAUGAUAAGCAGACAUCUAGCAAGAGCGAUAAUGCAAAGGGCGCCAGCGUGUCUAUUAAGCAAGAUGAUAACCGAAAAUCUAAAACUGACAAAACGCUGGAGCAGGUGCGGUCGCGAUCUGGCACUUGGAGCUCACAGACGGCUCGCAAAGAAAAGGAUAUAUUCAACAAAACUCAGAUACGACGUGAUAAAGAAGUCCGACGUAGCAGCGAUGACAGGCGGCAAAAACGUGAACAACGCCUGGAUGCAGCGAUCACGCGCAGCACGCAGUCGGUCGGCGAGCGCCGGCGCCGGAGCUCGAGCGACGAUGGCCAGCCACACCAGAUGUACCAACAGACCAUACACGGAACAUCCGGCGUAAGUCGCAGGCCCGCCCUGUUCGACAUAUUCAAGUCGCGACAGCGCGGCGAAUCGAAGAAACAACCCUCCAUAAUGCAGCAGUUUAAGUCUGCUGUACAGAGCAUGACGAAGUCACCCACCAGCAACGCCAAAGAGCCGUCGAAGGCCGAGUCGUCGAAGCAGGAGACAGCGUCCAGCGCGGCGGCCACGCCCGUGCUGAAGGCCAGGGAUGGAUCCGCGCAUCCGCAUCCUGGCAGCGAUGCUAGAUACUACCACACGUUGACCGCGUCCGCGACUCGGCGGCCUAGCGCGAUGGCCAAAGUGAUCGAGAUAUUCCGAGGAAGGUCCUCGUUGCCCGGUCAGGGAGUGCCCAUUGAGGGGCCCGAGAAGAGGAAGGCGAGGGCGAUAGCUCAGCAACAACAUUACGCUAGUACUGCAGGAGCUCAUCUGCGCAGAGCGGCAUCCCAGGAGGCGGAGAAGCGGCGCUCCUCGCUCGGCAACGUCCCCACAGUCCGGCAUCGAGCCUCAGACGCGUUCCUGGACCCUCAUCAUGCCGCUAUGCUGUUUAGAGAUUCUCGAGGAUUGCCAGUCGCUGACCCGUUCCUGGAGAAAGUUAACCUUUCCGAUUUAGAGGAGGAUGAGUCACAGAUAUUCGUGAAGUUCUUCAAGUUCCACAAAUGCUACGACCUGAUCCCGACUUCGGCCAAAUUGGUGGUGUUCGACACUCAACUACUCGUCAAGAAGGCAUUCUUCGCGCUCGUUUAUAAUGGAGUGCGCGCCGCCCCGCUGUGGGACUCGCAGCGGCAGCAGUUCAUCGGCAUGCUGACCAUAACGGACUUUAUAAAGAUCCUGCAGAUGUACUACACCAGCCCCAACGUGGCCAUGGAUGAGCUGGAGGAACACCGGCUUGAGACUUGGCGCCAAGUGCUCAAGGGGUCGGUGAUGCCGCUGGUCUCGAUCGGGCCUGACUCGUCUCUGUUUGAAGCGAUCCGCAUGCUGAUCACCAACCGCAUCCAUCGGCUGCCCGUCAUAGAUCCCGACACAGGCAACGUGCUGUACAUACUCACGCACAAGAGGAUACUCAGAUUUCUUUUCCUAUACAUAAACGAGCUGCCGAAGCCGGCGUACCUUCAGAACAAGCUGCGCGACCUGAACAUAGGCACGCUGAACGACAUCGAGACCGCCACUGAGGAAACGUCCAUCAUCGAGGCGCUCCGCAAGUUCGUCAACAGGCGUGUCUCGGCGUUGCCGCUCAUAGACGCCGAGGGGCGACUCAAGGAUAUAUACGCCAAGUUUGAUGUUAUUAAUCUGGCAGCAGAAAAGACAUACAACAACCUGGAUGUGUCGCUGAAGACGGCCAAUGAACAUCGCAACGAGUGGUUUGAAGGCGUUCAGAAAUGCACACUCGAUGAGACGUUGUUUGACGUUAUGGAGAGGAUAGUUCGCGCCGAGGUACAUCGUCUGGUGGUGGUCGACGAGGAGGACAAAGUGAUCGGCAUCAUAUCGCUGUCAGAUCUGCUCAUGUAUCUAGUACUGCGUCCGACCGGUGAGUGCGGCGGCGCCAGUCUGCGCAAUGAACACGCCGCCAUCGAGGAGAAGGACGAGACCCCUACCGCCGACGACGAGGAGGAGGGCGCGUGUGGGGGAACCGCAGACACACAACAGUAAAGUAACUCGUGCCAACUACCGCUCAUCGAUGCUGCAUUGUGAGAGGUCGAGGUAAUCGAAUCGGUCAGCGCCGAUUUUAAACGAGGCGAUCUGAUUGGCUGUUGUAUGCACUAAGAAUGCACCGGCUACUGUACUAGACGCGGCGCAGACGCACGUGCGGCAUCUGUUUAAGUCAUGUUCCUGACAAGUGUAAUGUUUUGUCAAUGACAAGCGCGUGUUGUAUUCUCUAUGGUCGUAUUUGUAACCUCAAAGUAUCAAUCGGUGUUUGACGUGUCAAUAAAUGUCAAUGUGUAGUUUAAUCGGUCGUAUAUAUGUAGGAGAACAAUCACGUUACUCAUUAUUAUGUUAAGGCGUGUCUCAUUGCAAAAAUCUGAUUUCGAUGUAAGACAAUUUUCGUGUACUACGGCUUGUGUGGUGUGGACGUCGAGAACUGUUAAGUACCAGACGGUUGUGAAUAAAAUCGAAAUUGUAACCGAGCGUUUAUGUUGAAAACUAUUUUUGAUUCCAACUUUUUUUUAUAUGAUAUUUAUGAGCAUAUUCCAUUUUUUUUGUUUGUUUUUGUGAACCAACUUUACUGUCUCUUUGUUGUACGAUGUUCUUCCGUAUUCACGUAAGGUUCUGACCGAUAGCCUGUGGUGUGUUGCUAUACAUUCUCGUCAUAAUCCCGUUGUGAUACGGUAUACUUUGUAUAGUAUUUUGUAUACAAAUAAGUAUAUCGCCCGGCGCGUGCAGGCCACCGGUGUCUCACGCUCGUGGCUCAACACAUAAAUUUGUAGUCGAUAUUGACCUUCUAUGUGUUAAUUAUUGUACUUAUUGAAUCGUUUUUUUAAACUUUUGAUAUAAAUAUCAUAUUAAGAAAUCUUAACAAUUUUUGGGAGAAAUUUUGUGGGUAGUUUUUGGAAGUAACAAUCUUAAAUGUAAUCAUUGCCCACUGGGCAGUUAUCAUUUUCACAUCAUGACGGUUGAGUGUGCAGAGCUAGUGCAGGGUUUUUUGCCAAAAGUAUGCGAACUCAUGUGUGGAACGACAAUAUGGCAGAUUAGUGAAAAUAUUGUUCACUCGUAAAAACGGGACGUAUAUUUUUCAUACAGAUAAUAGUUUUUUUUAAAGACUGCAAAUAUCAUUCACACUAUUUCUAGUUCUAGACUUGAUACGCUACGUAAAAUUACCCUGUAUGCUAUGGGAUUCAAAUGAGAAGAUGGACGACUCUAGAAAUAUUUUGACAAUGAAAACAUGUACCGAUGUUCAACUUGAUUGAUGACACUGUUGACAAAAAAAAAAAAAUGUAUGGUAUCAUGCAAUUUUCCAUCAACUAAAAUUGACUUUUAUUAGCCUGUAAACAAAAUCGAUUUUCUCAAAUUUGUUUAUAUGCUAUAUGUAUGAAUUGUUAUGAUUUAAUCUGACUGUAUUAUAUCCGAAGCAUAUAAUCACUGUCAUAUUUUAUAAAAUUCUACUUAAAAUUUUAUAUGACUAAAUCUACAAGAUUACUCAGUUAAUCACGUGACUUGUUGCCCUAAUUUGCAGAAUAUUUUAUUGCUUACCAUACACCAUGCCGCAUACACAUUAUAAAAGAAAAACAAAAUGGCUGUUCGGUCCUAUCUUAUUUGAGUCUAAUAGCAAAUAUAUUUUUUAAGAUAUUGAAUCGAAUCCCUAACUUCCGAGAAAUGUUUAAACGGUCGGUACCUAAUUGCGUUUCCUCGAUAUAGUAGCCGUGUGUUUGUAGUUAUUUUUUCUUACUUCAUACAUAGUGUAAUUAUGUCUGCGAGUGAUGUAUGUUUAACAUUUCUGUCUGCAUGGCGGGGCGUGAGCGCGUGCGCGAGUCACAUCGAUCUCACAAUCGAUCCAAAUGAAAUUGUGACACAAUAGACAAGUGAUAAUAAUUUAUGCAUGUAUUUUGGUCUCUAUGUGAUUACGAGCCCAAAUAUUAACUAAAAUAAUAGAUUAGAACUGAUAGUAAAUUACCAUGUAAUGUUGUGCACGUCGCAAUAUACUUGAGAACUUAGAUAAUAGUGCAAUAUUUAAUAAUUACGCGCUUUUAGCUCUCAAUUAUCAAUAAUACUAUUAGAUGUGAUUAUUAUUUCUGUGAACAGCGAUCGUAAACAUUUUUGUUCGUUUGUAAUUUAUUGUAUUAUUUGAAUUAUACAUCCCGUUUAUAUUUCGUAAUAUAAAUGGUGACGAGAUAUUAAAUAUUAUUCAAUGUUAUAAAUAUUACUGAACGUGUAUAAUAAUUAUUUAUAUGAAUAUCGACUUCAUUAGUGUGUUUAAUUAAAUGGAUUUGUCUGACUAGAUUCUUUGACUACUAUACAAAUGACUUUGUAAACGCUCACGCUGUCCGUAGGUAUUAUAAAAUUGUGUUAUUAUUUAUGAGUAGAAUAACGAGUAAUAAUAAAUAUUAUCUGUUAUAAAUGUUGUAUUAAUAAAUUCUGUAACAAUUUGUAGCAGUAGGAAUGUAAUUUGAAAAUGUAUGCAAUAAUGAUCCAUUGAUAUAGUUACCCAUUGUCCAAGAGAUCGGCUGUGAGGUGAACUCCUUCGCGUUUACGGUUUAAUGUAGGUUUUAAAGGUUAAAUUAAGCCGAUCAGUAUAUUCCUUUAUGUGUUCAAUAUUACUGGAAAAAAAUAAUACGCACAUAACACCAUUAUAAAAUCUUGAAAUAAAAUACAUGGCUCCAUCA